CUACUAGCAAUUCUCUGAAGCCAGCCAAUAAAAAUGAAAAUCCUCCUAGUCGAAACAAGCAAGUGCAUGUGCAUGCUGAUCGGCACGCAUCAUGUUUGCACCACGGACGGCAUCGUGCGCCACAACUACACCGCCCCGUCAAGAGGUGGGUACGGCGUCACUAAUCAGAAAUUCUUUCUUUUUGGCCGACUUUGCUGGAUAAGGCCAGGAGGGAUAUUUUUCUUCUUCUUCUUCCAUAUUUGAGAGCUGCAGUACAUCCUAGAUAUACGUCUGACUGUUCAUCAAUUAUAUAGGGGCAUGCAUACAUGCCAGAACGGGAUCCUUUUGAAUCAUCAAGGUGGAUCGCCAGUGAGGAGAUUAAAAAAAGGAAGAAGCAAACACUGGAUAAGCACAUGAGUUGAUUUUACCCUUUGGCAGGGCCGGGCAUCCAUACACACACCACACGGCAUGUGAGUGCGACGUCCCUUGCUUCUUGAACUUCGUUUCUGGCAUGGGGGAGCUCGGCCGGUCUAUGACAAAGUUGGCAUUUGGACUCUACCACCUUUCCCCACUUGAUUUCCACACCAUAUAACACACUAACCAAGCUCGCUAACUUCUUCACCCAUCAGUCGUCACACACAUACUCUCUGCGGGCACUCACAUAGAGAGGAGUGCAGAGAUCAAGUUGUGCGUGUGACAGAGGAGACAAAAUAGAGAAUAAGUAGGGAGGGAAGAUAGAGAGCUAGCAGGGAGGGAAGAUGGAGGUGGGCAUGGUGAUGAAGGCGUCUCUGAGCCUGUGCUGCGUGGGGGCGUGCUGCCUCGCGCUCUACCUCUACUACAUCGUCUGGGUGGUGCCUCAGAGGCUGCUCGCCGGGUUCAGAAGGCAGGGGAUCGGCGGGCCGCGCCCGUCCUUCCCUUACGGCAACCUCGCCGACAUGAAAGAGGCGGUCGCCGCCGCCAAGGUGGCAAGCCGAGGCGUCGGCGGCAUCGUGCACGACUACCGCCCCGCCGUGCUGCCCUUCUACGAGAAAUGGAGAAAAGAGCACGGCCCCGUGUUCACUUACUCCAUGGGGAACGUGGUGUUCCUUCACGUGAGCCGGCCGGACGUGGUCCGGGACAUCAACCUCUGCGUCUCGCUGGACCUCGGCAAGAGCUCCUACCUAAAGGCCACGCACGAGCCCCUCUUCGGCAGGGGCAUACUCAAAUCCAACGGCCAGGCCUGGGCCCACCAGAGGAAGAUCAUCGCACCCGCGUUCUUCCUCGACAAGGUCAAGGGAAUGGUGGAUUUGAUGGUGGAUUCUGCGCAAACACUGCUCAAGUCAUGGGAAGAGAGGGUAGACGGAAAUGGCGGGACCGUAAACAUCAAGAUUGAUGAUGACAUAAGAGCCUACUCUGCAGAUGUGAUCUCCAGGACAUGCUUCGGAAGCAGCUACAUCAAAGGAAAGAAAAUAUUUUUGAAGCUAAGAGAACUGCAGAAGGCCGUCUCCAAGCCAAAUGUGCUAGCUGAAAUGACCGGCCUAAGGUUGUUUCCUACAAAGAAGAACAGGCAGGCAUGGGAGCUUCACAGACAAGUGCACAAACUAAUACUAGAAAUUGUGAAGGAAAGCGGAGAAGACAAAAACUUACUGAGUACAAUUCUUCAUAGUGCAAGCAGCAGCAAGGUGGGCCUCGGCGAGGCAGAGAACUUUAUAGUCGACAACUGCAAGAGCAUAUAUUUUGCAGGAUAUGAGAGCACAGCUGUAACAGCUGCCUGGUGCCUAAUGCUCCUUGGACUGCACCCAGAAUGGCAAGACAAGGUGCGAGAAGAAGUGCAGGAGGUUUGUGGGGGCCGGCCAAUCGACUCCCAAUCACUUCAGAAAAUGAAGAAUCUGACAAUGGUAAUCCAGGAAACUCUGCGAUUGUACCCAGCAGGUGCCUUUGUAUCAAGGAUGGCCCUUCAGGAGCUGAAGCUUGGGGGUGUAAACAUACCAAAAGGUGUCAACAUUUACAUUCCUGUCUCCACAAUGCACCUUGAUCCCAAGCUGUGGGGUGCUGAUGUUAAAGAGUUCAACCCAGAACGCUUCUCCGAUGCUCGACCCCAGCUACAUUCUUACCUGCCGUUUGGCGCCGGUGCUCGGACCUGCCUUGGCCAAGGAUUCGCUACGGCUGAGCUCAAGAUACUGAUAUCUCUCAUCAUCUCCAAGUUUGCACUGAAGCUCUCGCCACUGUACGAGCAUUCUCCAACACUGAAACUCGUUGUGGAGCCUGAGUUUGGUGUUGACCUCACCUUAACGAAAGUGCAAGGUGCUUGUAGAUGCUAAGAUGGGCAUUGCGAUUUGGAUAUAAUAAUGUUACUUCCCAUCCUGAAUGGUUGAAAGAAAAUUAUACUUGAAUGAAUGCAGCUUCAAAAAGAUGUACAUGUACAUACAGAGCUCCAUAUUAUUCAGGUUUGAUCUUUCUCG